UCAAUGAUUAUUAUAUGGUUCACUUCUUUUGAGUUUCGCUUUACUUAUAAUUGGAAUUGUGACGACAUUUUAUCUCAUAGAAACAAAACAAAUUAGCAUAAUAUUUAUAAAUCAGUAGUUAACGUUAAUACACAUCACUGAGUGGAUCAUUGCUGCUAAAUAUUUAUAUUAGGUAAAAUAUAAAUAAUACAAAACUAAGAUGUAUAGCCACAACCAGUGCCAUUUUUUGUUAGUAUUUAGUGUACUUUUUGUGACAUUUACAAAAUCGGUGAUUAGUCAAUCAAGUUAUUCUGAUGAAGAGGUUUCAAAUUUAAGCCCCACUAAUCAAACCAAAACAAAUCAGAAUAUACCUACUCUGCCUUUAAUUAAUUAUGGAAAGAAAAGUUAUUAUAUAGGAACAGUUUUUAAGGGAAACUUUUUCCAAUCUGAACAGUUCUGCAGAUAUCACGGAAUGAAUUUAGUCAGCAUCAUGUCUAAAGAAGAAAAUGAUUUUCUGCGACAGAAAAUUAACGAACAAGAAGAGUCCUCGCAACGAUUCUGGACAUCCGGUACCAGAAUACCAGAUAACGUUAAAUGGAUCUGGUUUACCACCGGAAAAUCUCUAACCUAUUUAUCGUGGGACGAAGGUCAACCCAAUAACGCAGCCAAAGAUGACGAAUGCGUAAUGAUGCAGAUCAAGAACAAACAACUAAAAUGGUACAACAGAGGUUGCUGGGAGGACUACAACUUCAUGUGCGAAGUCACUUGGAAAGAUUGUAGAACAACAAGUACUAGCGAUAAUCGUAAGAAUAUCAGGAGCCAAAUUGAUGUUAGAUAUGGACAGUAACUAUAAAGGAAAAAGCGAAUUCUUGAAAAAAAAAAACUGAAGAUGCAGGAACAGAAAUUGUACAGCAAUUAAAAUGAUUAUUAAUAAAUCUUUUUUUAAAUAUUUCAUUAUAUUAUUUCACAAACAGACAGUUUAAAUAAUAUUUAUCAAUAAUUGCAAAUAAAUGUUUCUAUUCAAAGAUAUUAAAUAUUUUAAAUAUUA